CUGCUGCCGCUGCUGUUCGGGACGAAACCGCACGCAGCUGAUUCUGUUGCUCCAGUGCUGGAUCCGCAGCGGAACCAGGACUAUCACACCACAUGGACUUGGGUUUAAAACAGGAAUAUACACGUUAUUUUGUGUGUGUGUGUGUGUGUGUGACCACUCUGGCGAUUUAGUUGUGCGGUGGUGGUGGUGAAGCAAAACUUGUGAAUCCGCCACCGGGUUUCAUGUGUUUUAUGUGUUUGCGCUCGACAGUGAGGUAAACCUGUGUGUGGUGCGUGUGUGUGCGUGUGCGUGCGUGUUUUCACCGGAGUGUCGGAGUGGGAUUGAUCCCGUGGAUGCGGGUGUCGGGGUCGGCGUGUGAGCCCCGCAGGAUCAGCCCGUCAUAGGGCAGCAUCAUGGUUUAUUACCCGGCUCCUCUCAAGUGGAUGAGGACUGUUUCAGUGGAGAUGCUGCCGCUGCUGCUGCUGCAGAUACUGUGGCUUUUACCUGUGACUGGAGCGGCUCCUUCCCCUCAGACGACAGAGCAGCUGGACACAGGAGUGGACUGGCUGAGCCGGUUCGGCUACCUCCCGCCCCCUGACCCAGUGACUGGUCAGCUCCAGACCAAGGAGGCCCUGACCAAGGCCAUCAAAGCCAUGCAGAGGUUUGGAGGCCUGAAGGAGACCGGAGUCAUGGACCCAGCCACUCUGGGACUAAUGAAAACACCCAGAUGUUCGCUGCCAGAUGUGUCUGAGGCUGCGGGGACAAACGGUCGCAGGAAACGAGGCCUCACUCCUCCCAACAAAUGGAAUAAAAGACAUCUAUCCUGGAGAGUGAGAACCUUCCCUAAGGAUUCAGCCUUGCUGGGCAGGGACACCGUCCGGGCCCUGAUGUACUACGCCUUGAAGGUCUGGAGCGACAUCGCGCCCCUCAACUUCCACGAGGUGGCCGGCAGCGAUGCGGACAUUCAGAUCGACUUCACAAAGGCCGACCACAAUGACGGAUAUCCCUUUGAUGGGCCAGGUGGCACCGUGGCACACGCUUUUUUCCCCGGGGAGAGAUUCACUGCCGGAGAUACACACUUUGAUGACGACGAGGCGUGGACCUUCAGAUCACCAGACUCCCAUGGGAUGGACCUGUUUGCAGUUGCAGUCCACGAGUUCGGUCACGCCAUUGGCCUGGUCCAUACCUCGGCCAUUGAGUCCAUCAUGAGACCAUACUAUCAAGGACCUGUAGGAGAUCCUCUGAAAUACGACCUUCCCUAUGAAGACAAGGUCCGCGUGUGGCAGCUCUACGGUGUCAGAGACUCGGUGUCUCACACAAACCAACCAAGCAGCUCCUCCCAGACGGCUGAGCCUCCCGUCCUGCUCGACCUCCCUGAAAACAGAUCCACUGUCCUGCUGGCGCAGGAUGCCCCAGACAGAUGCUCCAGUCACUUUGAUGCAGUGGCCCAGAUUCGAGGGGAGGCUUUCUUUUUCAAAGGAAAGUAUUUCUGGCGACUCACUCGAGAGAAGCACCUGGUGUCUCUGCGUCCUGCACAGAUCCAUCGCUUCUGGAGGGGCCUCCCAACAAAUCUGGACAGUGUGGACGCCGUGUACGAGAGACCCGGAGACCAUAAAAUUGUCUUUUUUAAAGGUCUCAAGUACUGGGUAUUUAAAGACAAUAUCGCUGAAGAGGGAUACCCGCGGCCAAUCAGUGACUUCGGCCUCCCCUCAGAGGGCAUAGAUGCAGCCUUCGUUUGGCUGCACAACGACAAAACGUACUUCUUCAAGGACAACCACUACUGGCGCUAUGACGACCACCUGAGGCGCAUGGACCUGGGCUACCCUAAGGACAGCACGCUUUGGAAGGGGCUGCCUACGCAAAUAGAUGAUGUCAUGAGGUGGUCUGAUGGCUCGUCCUAUUUCUUCAAGGGGAGGGAGUACUGGCGAGUGCCGGGCAGUGGCAUGGAGGUGGAGGCAGGAUACCCCCGCCUCAUCGCUAAGGACUGGCUCCUGUGCACCGAGAUGCAGUCAGACUCUCCCGACAUGGAGACCAAAAACACGGAGACGAGAGUCAACGUGCACCAUCACCCGGACCACGCGGAGAACGGCUACGAGGUGUGCUCCUGCACCUCUGACUCUGCGUCACCUUUAGGCGCCCGCCCGUCGCCGUCUCCCGUGUGGCUGCUGCCGCCGCUCUGGACGCUCUCGCUGGCCCUCCGCUCUGAACUGCUAUGAUACCAAAGCAUGGACAUGGAGUUCCUGCGCUGACUGGCAGAGGAGCCAGUGGACACACAGCCAAACCAACAACUGGAAUAUUUUUGUUUGGAUUUUUAACAUUUGGUAUCUUUUUUUUUUUUGCUCUUAUUUAUUUGACAUGUCAUUUGAUGGGCGAGUUGCCCCCGAGGCAUCAACCUUUUCACAAGGCUCUAGAGUUUUUAAUUAUUAUUAUUAUUAUUAUGAUAAUUAUUAUUCUAUGGUCAAACUGCUUCAUCCCUGCAAGGAAAAAGGGUAUUGAUUAUUUAUCCUCACGUGAAAGGCAUCCUGAGUGCACAGACCCACUGUUGCCGACUCAUGAGGCAGGACUAUUUCACCAAAACUGGCACAGAGUUUAAGAUUGAAACCAGAUUAUGUCAAUCAACAAUUGAAGUGAAUGGAAAUAUGUUGGUGCUUUGUUCCACAGUGGAAUAAAACAUUUCUUGAUACUUAAAGGAGCUAUAUGUAAGACAUGUAACUAUCUAAUCUAAUCUAAAAAAAAUAAGAAAAUCCAAAUAAUUUGACAACCCUUAUACUAAUAGUAUUUUUCAUUACUGCAGGAUUUGCACCACAGAGAAUUUAGAUUAAUUUGUUUUUGCUGUAAAUUGAUAAAAUGACCUUUUAAUUCGCCCCACAAUCCACACACACAUAUGCAGUUCAAAAUUAAAAGAUUGUGACUGUGAAUAUCUCGACUUUCUUGGCUCUGAUUCCUGCAGACAGUGUGAGGACAUAUUCGAGGAUAAGUAGGUGGAUUUUUCUUCCGCUAGACUCUGCAUUUUCAUGGUUUUUAUUAUUUUCACCUCUGGGUCAGAGGCAUCCACACUCUCUUAUUUCCGUUGUAUUUUUGUGUCAAGUUCAGAUUAAAAUGAUAUCCAUGUUGAUUUUAAAUGGCUUUGAUCAGGUUAUAGGGUUUAUAGAGCCUUUUUUUGUGACUGUUGAACAAUUCCUUCACACACACACACACACCCAAAAAUUCCCUCUAUGAAGACCUGGAGAAUUUUAUUCUUGCUGUAAAGAUAUAUUUACCUAUAGACUGAUAUAUUUGAGUUGAAGGGUUCUGCCGUUGUCGCAUAACCAGGUGAACUGUGUAUAUUUUAAGCUGUGUUUUCUAAUGUAAAAUAUUUUUGUAAAAAAAAACAAUAAAAGAAUCGAGACAACUUUA